GUAAUGGAUCUGUCCUGCUUUCACUACUGCUCUCAAUUCAUACUACCUAGCAUAAUACCAUUGGUGAUCUUCGGUAUACGAAAUACAUUUAAAAGAAAGGGAAAGGUUGUUCACAGCGUAAAUGGCUUCACAUAUGCUUUUAUGUACAUAUUUUGCCAUGGCUAGUAAUUGAAGUGAUAUGGCAUAAGAACGGCGUUAGGUUUGCAUUUCGUCGGUUAAGUGUGUGACGUCGAAUCGUUAAAGUGAAAUAACCAAGUAGAUAUAUAUCAUUCCUGAACAUAAAAUGACAUUUUAUCACUAAUACAAUGUACUACCUCGUGGCCUAUAGUUAACGCUGGCUCUUCUCGUCAAACUAAGUAAUAAUAUUUACGUGUCUAUACAUACGCAUGUUAGUGUUUUUAUGUAUACAGUGGUAGAAAAUCGAUAAAUUUUCUAGUCAUGUGCGACGCUUAAAUUAGCUCGUAAUAAAAAGAUACUAGUGCACAUACGCACAUAUGUACAUUUGUAUGCCUGCGCAUUAAAUACAGUACUCUUUCUGUAUGACCCCAUGCUGGUAUAAUUGUGCUUGUGUUGCAAAAUGUUUGGUGGUACUGAAAAUUUUAUGACAAUGCGCUGCGUUCGCAAUAAAUUACGUAAACGUGAUGAUACGCCUUCACCAAUCAUACAAGAAAAGGCAGCCAGACUGGACAUGAACUUCGAUCGAACUCUAGCUAACUACAACUGCACCUGUCAACAUGGACAGAUCCCAAAUACAUGGGAUGUCUCAUCUAAUGACAAUAUUGCGCGUGGUUUUAGCCUCGAGAAAAACAUGUUUGUCGAGCACAAGCGCGUUUCUUUUGUAAGAACCAGCGGAAUUCAAAUGGCGAACGUUAUUAUGCCCUCAGACAUUAAUCCAAUCAACACUAAAUGGGUGUUUCCACCAAAAGCUCCUACUCCAAAUAUCUGUAAUUGUUUGAAUGAU